AUGGUCAAGUUUGAGCUUCCCCGAUUGGGUCGCUCUCACUCGACCACAUCGUCGAGACGCCGGUCGCGGACACCAGUGCCCGCUAAGCCGGGCAUCGAAUACUAUCCGCCAUGUUUCGACAGCGAUGAUGAAUUCGAGACGGACUCUUCCGGCAGCUGUGGCAGCGACGGCCAGCUUCGCUUCGACAAGCGGCCGAUUCUUCGCACGCGGCCAUCCUUGAGGUCAUCGGGCGGCAGCGAGGUCAAGAAACCGACCUCGCUCCUCACUCUUGCGCUGGCUCGCUCAACUAGACGGACGGCGGUAGCGCCCAUGCCCAUCACCACGCCCGGGGGAGAGUGGGAAGACACGAGCGAUGGCGCCGACAGCGAGACUGAGGUCGACAGCGACAGCGACGGCGACUAUCUGCCCCCGAGCCAACGAGUGCUCGCGGACAUGCAGACCCCCGACUCUUGCCCGGCAUCCGUCUUCGACUCCGAGCAGCAGAUGGCCCGCCCACAGCAACAGCAACAGCAGCCGGCCAUUAUCCAGACCGUAGCCCGCUCCCUGGCCGGUCUCAUGUCCGCCAUCAUCAGCAGGGUCACCGCCGCCGGCCACCCGCGAACCAGACAAGGCAAAAAAGGCAGGGGAGAAGACACGGCGACCACCAAAGAAGCAGAGCGGACCGAUCCCGCUACCGCCGCCACCACCACGACGGACAGCGUCCCCAUCCCCCAGGAGAAGAGCCGCCCCAUUGCUAUCCCGCCGCCGCCGCAGCUGGAGACGACGGUGCCGUUCCGCGAGGGCUGGCUCAACGAGCGGCUGCAGAUCGCGCGCGCGGGGCCCCUCUUCCUCACCUCCACCACCACCACCACCACCUCCUCCUCCUCUUCUUCUUCUUCUUCCUCCUCCUCUCCCCGGCGGGUGCGCCAGCGCGUGGCUGACCGGCGCGGCGUCGUGGUGAUGGGGUUGGAUAACAAAGCCGGAUUACGGAACCUAAUAGACUGGGACCGGGACCGGAACUGGGCGUGCUGCGGGUGCGCCAGCGGCAACAGCCGGUACGAGUUCCUGUGUUGGUCGUGCGGGGCGCACUCGAGGGGAUCCUCCCAACCUAUCCUUGUCACCCUCACUCCUCUCCAUCAGACUGGGAGGAACACCGUCCGGAUGGGCCACACCGGCGAUUACCACACCGAUCAACCGAUGACCAUGGACCUCCGACCGGAGGACAAGAUCGCCGCUCAUAUCGAGGUCGGGGGCGGAACAUGA